AUGGGCCUGAAGCCUGGCCAGACUGUGGAGGUYGUGCUGGAAGGCUGCUCCAGCACUGCCCAGGAUGUGAAGGAGCGGCUACUGUGYCAUGCUAUUGUGGGGAAUGAGAACGCAAAGAGGCUGAUAAUGCAAGUGGAUGUCACCUGCAAGUUCAUUUCUCCUGUUGUGGAAAUGUCUUCCAAAGCAAUCACUUUCCAUGUGGAGAAGAAACCYGGUGAUGUCCUGACUCUGCAGUACAAGCCUCUGACUUUAAAAAACACCUCCUCCCUGCCGGUCAGAAUUGUGCUGGACUUGGAGCAGCCGUUCCUAAUCUGUGAUGUGGACCGGCAGCCCCUUCCUGCAAAUUCUGAGCCCAUGGUGCUGGAUGUAGACCAAGAACUUCCUCUCUGCAUCCAGUUUAACCCAGCUUAUGAGAACGAUUUACAUAGCCGGGUAGCAAAGAGGACUCUCAAGAUGAGCUUGGUAGAGCAUCCUCACGAGGAGCACAUCAGAGUUCGGGGAGAAGUCCACUUCCCGAAUCUCCAUCUCCAGGCCAAGGCCCUGGACUUUGGCUGCAUCAUCAAUGACACUGAACAAGUGCUGUAUAUGGAGAUGACCAAUUGCAGCCCAAUUCCUGUCCGGUACCACUGGUCAUUCCAGACAGACAACCAGGUGAACACCAUAAGAUUCAUCCCUUCACCACCCAAAUUCAAACCCGGCUCACUGAAGAGGGAGGCAGUGUUUUUAAGGAGACCCUCUAAGACUGAAAGUGUGGAGGAGCCAACUGAAGCCGUGGAAGCAAUGAAGGGUUCUUCUGCCCGUGAGGAUUCUGCGCAGGAGGGCUCUGCCCACGAGGGUUCUGCCCAGGAGAAUCUUUCCCAGGAGGGCUCUGCCCAGGAGGGCUCUGCCCAAGAGGGUUCUGCCCAGGAGGGUUCUGCACAGGAGGGUUCUGCCCAGGAGGAUUCUACCCAGGAGGGCUCUGCCCAGGAGGAUGCUGCCCAGUCACUAUCAGAUGAGGAUUCCCUGGGAGUAGAGUUGCUGUCAUCCACUGCUGAGGAGCCUCAGGGCUCAGUGAGGACAAAUGGUUCGAGUAAGUGCUCAGAGGAGGAGCAUCCUGCCUCRAGAGCAGAGGAGGCGGUGUUAUCCACUACUAAGGAGACUAAAAGCCCAGUGGAGAUAAGGAGAUUGAGUCAGUUUUCAGAGGUGGAGUACAUCACCCGAGGAAUGGAGGAAGUUUUUGAUAUCCUGCCGCUGUCGGGUGUGCUGCCACCAGGCCAGAGCCAGCGGGUCUCCUUCACCUUCUUUGGCCACRCCAACAUUGUCGCCCGUGUCACGGCGCUGUGCCACGUGGAGGGAGGCCCCACCUACGAGGUUGUGCUGACYGGGGAGGCUUCGUGCCCCAGCUACCAACUGGAUGUGGCUGAGAUUGACUGGGGCCUGCAGGUGUUUAACACAGUCCUUGAAGCAGAGGUCACCCUGCGGAACACCGGCGUGCUUGAAUUCACCUACAUGGUGCCAAACACCAGCACUGGCACUGCAGCAAACCCUAUGCCUGGUGUUCCUGUGGUCGUGCCCYCUACAGGUUCCAUUGCACCGGGUGAGAAGCAAGUGUUGAAAGUCUAUUAUCUGCCAGGAAGGCCGAGAGUCUUCUCCAGGACUUUCCAGRUCCAAGUGAGUUAUCUGGAACCAGCAGAAAUCCUCCUGAAAGGAGAGGGAGCCUUCCCUAGGAUUACUGUGGACCUACCCUGGAUGUUGAAAGGAAAUGAAAAAUACGAGAAGAUCCUGAAAGAGAUAAGAAAAAAUGUGAAAAUACGCAUUAAGGCCAAUAAACCAUCUUCUCUGCCCCACCCCAUGGAUGACGCUGGUGAUGAGGAAGAGCAGGAGGAGCAAGAGGAAGAGCAAGAGGAGGAAGAGGAGGAGGAAGAGAAUGAAGAGGAAAAGAAGGAAGAAGAAGAGGAGGAAGAGGAGAAAGAAGAUGACGAGGAAGAGGAGGAAGAGGAGGAGGAGGAAGAGGAAGAGGAGGAAGAGGAGGAAGAGGAGGAGGAGGAAGAGGAAGAAGAAGAGGAAGAGGAGGAAGAGGAGGAAGAAGAAGAGGAGGAGGAGGAGCAGGAGGAAGAGCAGGAAGAGGAGCAGGAAGAGGAGCAGGAAGAGGAGAAAAAGGAGCCAGAGAAGCAGGAGAAGCAGCAGGAGGAGGAGGAGGAGCAGCAGUAUUUACUCUCUAUAGAGGCCUCAGAGGAUGAAAAUGAGGGCGAUGAAAACCCUGAUGAAAAAGAAUGCCRGAGAAGUGAAUCAUCUUAUCUGUGGUCAUCUGUGGCAUUGGAGUCAUCCGUGAUAUCAUCCCUGGACGAGUCUGGCACCAUUCGGGAGACUUGGCUGCAGAGGGAGGUAGAGGAGARGCUGAUAGAGGAUCGCAUUCUGGAGCUGGAGAAAGCUAUCACAUCCCGGGCCCCGAAGGACAGGGUCUUUAAAAAGCGCAUGCGUCAGAGCCUUGUCGAGUGA